UUGAAAAGGCUUGUUUCCCUUUCCUCUCCAGCUCAGCUUAUUAGUCUUUUAAACUCACUGGAGAAGAAUACCGUUCAUAAAAAGCUUGGCUCAAGGAUCCUAGAAAGAGUAUAUGAAAGGCUGUUUGAGUGCAUGUACAAAGAGAAGCGGAUGUUCCGUCUAAAAGAUACUGUAUGCAUAUUUUACCGUGGUGACUCGCUGCAAGAUUCUUUCAAGAACAGUAUUGUCUGUCACAAUGCAACAUUUGUCGUUAGGAAGGUGUUGAUGCUGCUUUCAGGCAAGUGGAUUGAAAAACAAAGUGUACAAAAGUAUAAAAGGCCUAUCUUAAAUAAUGACAAUGAAAGAUUCUCAAAGGAUAUGCUUGAAGAGACGAAAGCAGUCUUUAAGGAGAUAAUAGCAAAGCAAAUAAACUCCAAAAAGUCGGAAGGUUGUAUUUCCUACUCAAAUGAUUUUUUUAAUACACUUGGAAUAUUCCUACAAAUUACAAAGAGUCAAUCGCUGAUAGAAUGUCUUAUUCAAAAUGACUGUGAUAUUCAAAACAAGGAAUUUCUCUAUGAAAUUGUAGGAGCAAUUUCAAACAGAAAGAACCAGAGCCUGAUUUAUUCAAAAAUUAAAGGUAAAUGCAAAGACUUAGCAUUAGCUGAAAAGUCGUCCUAUUUUAUGCAAUCUUUUUUAAGGAAUUCACUGUUCGGAAGGGAGAUUUACGAAGAAUUUAGCAAGGAUGAUUUUGAGGGAUUUGAUUCCAAUUCUAAUGCCAUAUUGGCACUUACCGAGUCUUUGCAGAGAUGCCUGGACUAUGAAUUGGUUGAUAGCUUGGUUUGCAGAUUUUAUAAGCCUGCUAAUACUCUCUUUGAAGAGUUACUGUUAAGCAAGUAUGGAUCGAUUGAUUCAAAAUUUGUCUAUCUUGUGGUCAACUUUAUGCAACUACCCAAACGAAAAGGAUACGAGUACUUCUAUUCUGUAAACAAAGACUUUAUAAGACUAUUUCAAAAGGAAUGGAUUAGGAGCAAGAGCGGAAUAGCUCUACUUUCAGGCUUUGUGAGGGGCAGCUGUGAUCCAGAUGCAAAGAGCCGAUUCUUAGAAAAGAAUAUUGAUCUUUUCUGGAGCUGUAUAAAAUGGAAGGAGGGAAGGAGUUUAUAA